AUGUCCACAAACCCAGUCUGGUUCAUCACCGGUUCAAGUGCAGGUCUCGGCCUUGCGUUGACCCGCUAUGCAUUGUCCCAGGGCCAUACCGUCAUUGCGACAUCACGAAAUCCAGCGAGGACUCCAGAACUCGUGGCCGAGGUAGAGAAGCAGGGAGGGAAGUGGCUCACUCUGGAUGCGCUGUCGGAUGAGAAUAUCAUAAAAGAAACCAUGCAACAGGCAGAGUCGAUUUUUGGGCGCCUCGACAUCGUUGUCAACAACGCCGCGUACUGCGUACUCGGCUCUACGGAAGACGUGCCGGAUGCAGACGUCGUGACUCAGAUGCAAGUCAACUUCCUUGCGCCAUUGCGCAUCACACGAGCAGUGCUCCCAGGGAUGAGGAACCGCAAAUCGGGAGUGAUUUUGAAUGUCUCCAGCGCACAGGGGGUGUGCCCGAGUCCCGCUACUGGCAUCUACGCCGCCAGUAAAGCUGCCAUGGAAGCAGCGUCAGAUGCCCUUGGUGCAGAGGUGGCUCCCUUUGGUAUCAGGGUUUUGAUUGCUGUGCCAGGGGCCUUCCGCACCAAUUUUGCCAAUGCGGGGGUGUUGAGCGAGCCUUCUGAAGCAUAUGCCAACGAUCACCCCGUUGGCACCAGGCUUGGAUGGGUCAAGAGUCUGGGAUCCGGUGCCGCAAAAGGAGAUCCUGUGAAAGCAGCAAAAGUUAUGUUCGAAGCUGCGACCGGGACAGGUGACUUUGGUACUCUCGUUGCAAAGGAAAACUUCUUGCGAGUUUUAAUUGGGCCAGACUGCUGGCGGGUCGCAGAUGCGAAAAUCACCGAGUUCCGGAGGACGCUAGAUGCUCAGAAGGAACUCGCUGGAAGUACAAACCUGUGA